AUUUAUUAGUUGGAUGCUGGUCAUGUCACAGCAGUGAAGGUGAAUGGAAAUACCCGGAAGAUACAGUGGAUUUCUUCCUGUGUGGACGGCUUCAAGGGACAAAUGCAGUGUGACAUUCAGGGGCGGACUGACCAUUCGAGCACUCGGGCACUGCUCGAGGGCCCGGGGUCAGUAGGGGGCCCUAUGACAUGCCCCUGGUACCUUUUAUAGGCAUUUUUGGGUGUGCUUUGAGUGUGGGCAAGGACACAGGGGCCCCAUGAUCCCCUAUUGCCCGGGGGCCCCAUGAGUUGUCAGUCCAUCCCUG